AUGGCAAACAGUGAGAACACCGGAUUGUCGAAAGCUGCAACUGCUGGAACUAUUUUCGGUACUGGAUUAUUGAGUUGUGGACGUGUAGAAAAGCGUACUUUUUUAAGUGCUCUCCUGGGUGCUGGACUAGGAUUCGCACUAGGGAUCCUUACACAUGGUCUGUUGAAUGGUUUAUUACUAUUCUUGAAACGUGAUAAACAGAGUGAACAGUUGCGUCAUAUGACUGAACAGUUAGCUAGUGUUAGAGCAGAAUUGUCGGAAUUGCGUAAUGAAUUAUAUAAUACUCACGUAAAGAGUUUGGAUAGAAAAGAUAAUGAUGACGUCCCACCAAUUUUUAUAGCCGAUGAUGACUACGACCUAGAUGAUGAUUACGAAAACUACUUGGAUGUGGAAAAUGUCGGUGAUGACAUGAAUUCCCCAUCGAUUCAGUUCGGUAAAUUUCCAGAGGAAGUUUUAUCGUCGGCAAAUUCAUUUCAAAGUGUUGGUAGUCAUUUAAGCAACAACUCUUUUUAUUGGUCGAUGACAGUUCAAGUUCCGACUGAUGUGUUAGAGGAAAUAGAUAAACUGGCUGAUUAUGCUUUAGGUGAGUAUUCAUCAAGUGACUUACAAAUGCAUCCUAAUGACAAUGAUAUCAAUCCAGGCAUACAAGCUUACGCUAGAUGUCUAGUAUACAUGCAAAAGUAUCGCUAUUGCCCAGAAUUCUUGUGGCGUUUAGCUCGUGCUACCUACAUAGCCAGUGCAGAAGCGCCAUUAGAUGAAGCUGUGUCACAAAAGGAUGAUGCAUCAUACAGCCAUCACACUUUAAACGAUAUUGCUUAUAAAGUGCAAACUCGUCGCCAGUUUAUUGAGUCAGGAAUAAAACAUGCACGUCGAGCGUUAAGUCUCGCACAAAGAGCUCCUCCACCACCGUUGGAUAACGAUCCAACAAAACUAGCUCCAAUAUAUAAAUGGUUAGCUAUUUUAGUUGGUGUCUAUUCAUCUUACCUCAGUGCUCAACAAAGAAUACAGUAUGGUUAUGAAUUUAAGGAAUUAAUUGACACCGCAAUCAAGCUUGACGCUUCUGAUGCCCUAUCCUAUUAUCUACAAGGUCGUUGGUGUUAUGAGGUGUAUAACGUUUCGUGGAUUGAGCGCCAGAUUGCAUCUAGGUUAUUUGGCAAGCCUCCGACAUCUACCAUUGAGGAAGCUGAGACAGCAUUUGAAAAGGCUGAAGAAUUGCGUUCAAACCACUACGCUGCACUGUAUCUGUAUCAAGCUAAAUGUUCUUUGUCAUACUUAGAUUACAAAACAGCACUGUAUAAAUUAAACAAAGCUCGAGACUUAUUUGGCCAACAUAGAUAUCCUAUACCACACACAGAUAUCGGUUCUAUACAACAAGAAGUAGAUCAACUGUAUGACAAGUACUCUGGAUACCUAUGA